ACCGCAUCUUGGGUCAUCGAGGCAGGGAGGGAGGCCCGAGUGGCCACCGGGCCCAGCUCCUCCGGCCUUCCCCGUCCGUCCGGACAUGAACGAGUCCCGCGGGAAGCCCCACUUGGCCGCCUUGCUGCAGAUCCCGCCCGGCCUGGGGUCACCGGCCCCGGCCACUAGCCCGCUCACUAGCCCGGCCCGCUCGACGCCCUCCAGCCUGGAGGAGGAAGACGGAGCGGACCCCCCGGGGGCAGGUCCCGCUCCCGCCCAGGGUCGAUGACUGCUGAGACAAGGCCCCCCUGAGCGGCCUGGAGAUGAAUCCGACCGGCAGAAGUCGACCACCUCUCUCCUUGGCCCGGAUGAAAUAGGCCAAAACACCACGCUCUACAGCCAGCCGACAGACAGCGUGCUGACCCACCAGCAGCGCUGUGCCGCCGUGGUCAGUGCCAUCUUCGACCGACUGGUAGAGCCCAGCUCCCCCUACGUGGGCUGCAAGAGCAGCGUGGCAGCUUUCAUUCUGGAGCGGGAAGUGACAGAUGCCCAGGGCUGCUGCCAGGAGACCUAUGAGCUGGUGGCCCUGGGCACGGGGACGGAGAGCCAUGAGGGCUGGCUGGAGUUCAACGGGCGCCAGCUGCACGAUGCCCACGGCCUGGUGAUCGCUCGCCGGGCCCUGCUCAGGUACCUGUACCGCCAGCUGCUGCUGGUCAGCAGCGGGGUCCCCGAGGCGGCCGAGCGGUCCGUGCUGGCCCCCGUCAGCCCCCCGGGCCUGGGCCCCAGUCUCAGCCUCAAGCCGAGGAUCUUCCUGCACCUGUACCUCAGCCAUACCCCCACGGGAGCGGCCGAGAACUUUUACCUCCCGGUCCCAGAGCCCCAGAGCCCCUCUCUGCGCCUCUGCGUCCACGCUUCGGGGAGCCUCAGGCCCCUCUGCUACCUGCGCCCCGAGGUGCGGGCCACCCGCGUCUUCUCGCUGGCCGGCAGCGACAAGCUGGCCCGCUGGGCCGUGCUGGGCCUGCAGGGAGCCCUGCUCUCUCAUUUCCUGCUGCCGCUCUACACCACCAGCCUAAUUCUGGCCGACUCUUGCCACGACCCAUCCACGCUGAACCGGGCCAUCCACGCCCGCCCCAACCUGGAGAAAGGCUCGGGCCCGGCCCUGCCCGCCCCGUUCCUCCGCACCCCGAUGCACCUGUUCGUGGGGCCCAAAUUGGGCCCCGUGGACCCGCCCCCCAACUGCUGGGGCCUGAGCCUCAACUGGAGCCUGGGCGACGAGGCCCCCGAGAUGGUGGACGUGACCACGGGCUCCGUGCUGGCCAGCUUCCCCAGGGCCCGGGGGCCCCCAAGCCGCCUCUGUAAGGCCGCCCUGUUCCAAGCCUUCCGCAGCAGCGCCCGGGCCCUCGGCCGCCAGGACCUCCUGGACCUAAAGACUUACCAGCAGGCCAAGGCUCAGGCCUCCAACUACCAGGCAGCCAAGGCAGCGCUGAGUGCCCGGCUGAACCAGGAGGGGCUGGGACACUGGCUUCCGAAGCAGCUGGUGGACAGCUUCUGCUGCUGACCGGAGGAGCCUCCAUCACUCCCGGCCCUCAGCCGGACCGGGCCGGACCGGGCCGGACCGGGCCGGACCGGCGGGCGAGCAGCCGCCUCUGGACUUGGCUUCAGUGCGUGCAAGUUGGAGGGCAGGAUCUCGGACCAAAGGCCGACCCCCUCCCCAUCUUGUUCUCACCCGUUUCUGCUCCCCUCCAUCUCACCGCAUCUGUCCCCCCGGCCCCCGCGAACUAUUUAAUCAACAAAGCUUUUGU